AUGCCCCUGGCACAGCUCAGCCUCCUUGCUCUCUGGACCACCUCUACCUGCUGGGUCCAGGGAUGUGGACCAGGACCCGGCUAUGGCAUCCGCCCUAGACCCCGGAAGCUCACGGCUAUGCACUACAAGCAGUCUUUCCCAAACUUUUCAGAAAACAACCUUGGUGCCAGUGGGAGAGCUGAAGGCAAGAUCACUCGGAGCUCUGAGCGCUUCAAUGAACUGGUGUGCAACUACAAUCCAGAUAUUGUCUUCAAGGAUGAAGAGAACACCAACGCUGACCGUUUCAUGACCAAGCGUUGCAAGGACUGUCUAAACAGGUUGGCCAUUGCUGUCAUGAACCAGUGGCCUGGAGUCCAUCUGCGUGUGACCGAGGCCUGGGAUGAAGAUGGCCACCACCCCUCUGGAUCUCUGCAUUAUGAAGGCAGAGCUGUGGAUAUAACCACAGACGACAGAGAAUCUGACAAGUACGGGCUUCUUGCUCAGCUGGCUGUGGAGGCAGGUUUUGACUGGGUUCACUAUGAAUCCAAGUAUCACGUCCACUGCUCUGUAAAAGCUGAUCAUUCUGUGGCGGUGGAAAAGGGUGGCUGUUUCCCUGGCUGGGCCCAGGUGACUGUUGCUGGAGGGGAGCAGAGACCCCUGGCUUCUGUGCUCCCGGGGGACAGAGUGAUGGCCCUAUCUCGGACAGGUCAGGUCAUCUUCAGCCCAGUCAUCCUCUUUCUGCACCGGAAUUCAGUGAGCAUGGGAACCUUUAUUUCUCUGGAGACAGAGGAUGGACAUAGGCUUGCCCUGACUCCACAUCACUUGCUCUUCACUGCCCCUCACAGGGGAGUACCACCUACUAAUUACAAGCCUCCUUCCGCCGACGUGCACUUCCCCCACUCUCCCUGCAGCCGGCUAGCUGCAGCAAACAGCAUCGUUUAUGAGAGAUCUCUGUCAGGGAGGUCAAAAUCCAUGCAGGGGAUGGAGGAGCAAAAAUCCAACUGCGACGAAAAUGACUCUGAACCAACAUCUGAUGAAAAUGCCCCUGAUCAGCGUUGUGUCUUCCCUGAAAAGGUGUCGACAGCACUACGGGCUGUGGAUGGAUCAACACUUAGCUCCUCAUCACUUGACAGCGGUCCAGCUUGCGCUCUCUGCAAUUGUGUUGAGCGUAGUUUGCAUGGGCAGCGGGAACUGAGACACUUUGGGCCAUCUGCAGAAAAACCACCCCGCAAGCCAUCAGCUUCCUCACUGCCACAGCCCGGAAAUGAUGACCUGUCUUCCAUAGGAUUUUCUGAAUCCAUAUGUCUGGCGGCACUCUUGGAUGACUCGGGGGGUUACUGGGUUCAUCACUGGUGUGCUGUAUGGUCAGAGGGAGUCGAACAGGUGGACAAUGAAAAACUUGAGAAUGUGGAGAAGGCUGUUAUCUCAGGGACACAGCGGUUGUGUGACUAUUGCAAAAAGCUAGGCGCAACCAUCAGCUGUCAUGCUGAGGGCUGCUCACGGUUUUAUCACUUCCCAUGUUCUGCUGCAAGUGGGUCCUUCCAGUCCAUGAAACACUUUGCACUUCUUUGUCCACAACAUAUAGACAAGGCAGAGGAGUUGGCUGGCGAGGAUUCUUGGUGUGCCGUGUGCGACUCUGUUGGGGAGCUACCAGACUUAUUGUUCUGUACGAGUUGUGGUUUACAUUAUCAUGCUGCUUGUUUGGAAAUUGUUGCAACACCCAUUCAGCGUGCUGGCUGGCAAUGCCCAGAAUGUAAAGUGUGCCAGACUUGCAGGCAACCUGGAGAAGAUUCCAAAAUGUUGGUGUGUGAUGCCUGUGAUAAGGGCUACCAUACUUUUUGUCUUCAGCCAGCUAUGGAUUCUCUUCCCUCCGAUCCAUGGAAAUGCAGACGGUGUCGCAUUUGCACAGAGUGUGGGGUUCGGGGAAUAGCACUCCCAGGGUCUGCCCAGUGGUUCGACAACUAUGCUAUCUGUGAUGACUGUCAGCGGGAUAGGACUUCAGUGUGUUGUGUGUGCAGUACAACAGUAAAUCCUUCUGCUCAGUGCUGUUGCGUGCUCUGCCACAGAUGGGUACAUAGGGAGUGCACCUCAAAGCCGAAUCAACUUGGAAAAAAGUACAUCUGCUUACUUUGUAAAGAGGAUCAUCAGCACACAGCUGAUCAAAGUGGUGAAGUGUGUGCGCACGUUGUUGAAAAAGAAACCAAAUGUGGGAAUAAUCGGCUAGAACCAGACUUGGGUCACUCUGAAAGUGAAAAGCAGACAGCACUGGGCACAGAAGCAUGUGUCAAUAUAUCAGUGCUCGGAGAGAAACCUAUGGAUGAGUCAUCCCAGACUGAGGGGAUCAUUUAUGAUGAUUAUACCAAUGCAAUUAACACCACAAAAUGGGACAGUUCUUGUCUGGAGUCUAAAACAAGCCAGCAAAGGGGUUCAGAAGGAAAAGAUGACAAAGACCAAACAUCAAACCUUGAUUCUGAGAACAUGGACAUGGAUUAUACGGAUGACUGUGCGGUGGAGCCACAGCAAAUGGAUACGUUUCCUCCAAAGCAUUCAGGAAUGGGCGUUGAUGAUUUGCAGACUUUUUCGUUAGAUGAAAAAGAUGAAGACUCUGAAUCACGACUGCUUAACUCCGAAGAUGAUGAUGAUGAAGAGGAGGAAGACAACGUCAAGCAGAAUUUAACUGUGGCUAAACCAGAGCUUCUUUUGGAUGAGAUGUCCAACAUGAGCCAUGGUGACGAGAGCAGUAGUGGUUUUCUGGGCUCACCUGGGGAGCCAGACCUCAUGCCCCGCUCUGAUAACUUGACUGAAACGGAUGAUUCCCUCCCCUUUGAGCCAACGAGAAGUGAGCGAGCAAAACGCAGAGGCUCUCCAGGACGCUCAAGGAUCAAACAGGGGCGUGGUAAUGGUUUUCCAGGGAGACGUCGUCCACGUGGGGGUGGUUCAGGCAGGGGGCGCGGAGGAAGAUCGCGCCUUAAAGCAAUGGCCUCUUGCAUUGAUGCCUUUUUGCUAAGCAUGACCACAGACACAGGAUUGAGUAAGGAGGAAGAUGAUGAAGAAGAUGACAGCAUGCAAAACACAGUGGUUUUGUUUUCUAACACUGAUAAAUUUGUCCUGCUUCAGGACAUGUGUGUCGUAUGUGGCAGCUUUGGAAAAGGUGUAGAAGGGCAGCUCCUGGCAUGUGCACAAUGUUCUCAGUGUUAUCAUCCAUACUGUGUAAACAGUAAAAUCACAAAAACAAUGCUUCGUAAGGGUUGGCGCUGUUUAGAAUGCAUUGUAUGUGAGAUGUGUGGAAAGGCUUCAGACCCUUCCCGGCUGCUGCUCUGUGACGACUGUGAUGUCAGCUACCACACCUAUUGCUUAGACCCCCCUCUGCACACUGUACCCAAGGGAGGCUGGAAGUGCAAAUGGUGUGUUUGCUGCGUGCAGUGUGGUGCAGACUCGCCAGGCUUUCAUUGUGAGUGGCAGAAUAACUACAACCACUGUGGCCCCUGUGCCAGCCUUGUUGCAUGUCCAGUAUGCAAAGACAAUUUUAUGGAGGAGGAGCUGCUGCUGCAAUGCCAGUACUGUGACAGAUGGGUGCAUGCUGUCUGUGAGAGUCUGUACACAGAAGAUGAGGUGGAACAGGCCUCUGAUGAGGGCUUUGCCUGCACAUCCUGCUCUCCAUUUGUUCCAAAGCCAGUGGUGGAAUCUGCUAUCAUGGCUUCUAUAAAGCUAAAAGAGCCAGAACCUCAGUUCUACAGGUUGGAGGGAGUUUGGCUAACUGAGUCAGGCAUGUCCUUGCUUCGUAGCAUGUCCAUGUCCCCCCUCCAUAAGAGACGUCAAAGGCGCUCACGUCUUGGCACGCUGUCUUGUGAUGGAGGCAUAGAUGGCUUGGAUAUGAAGGAGGGAGAUGGUGAAGGAGAUUAUGUGAAAACUUGUGGGGAGGCCAUGGACUGUGACUCUAAGUUGGAGAAUCCCGGGAGUCCCGACCGAGAAGGUGUUGAUGUUGGUCCUGAUGGCAUUACAGAAUGUGAUGCUCUCAAAGGAACUGAAGAGAUGGAAGAUGGCAAAAAGAGAAAGCGUAAACCUUAUAGGCCAGGCAUAGGGGGUUUCAUGGUGAGACAGAGAAAAUGUCACACACGAUUGAAAAAAGAAUUCUUUGCUCAGCUGGCUGGAGAAACCACUUUAGAUGGACAACCAAUUGAGAGAACUAUUGAAGAGGGACCUCAUGCGGACACUGACAACAUAAUGGAUCCUAAACCAGCGGAUGGAGAGGAACAAGCCAAAAAACGCAGAGGUCGGAAGAAAAGCAAAUUGGAGGAUAUGUUUCCGGCUUAUCUACAGGAGGCUUUCUUUGGCAAGACACUGAUAGACUUGAGUAAAAAAGUUGCGAUGAUGCCUCGACCAUGCCAUGUUCGCCCUUCAGCUUUAGAGUCUGGUGUUAAAAUGGCUGCACCAGAACAUGAGACAAAGGACGGUAUCAUCAAUAACCAUCCCAUUAAACAGGAAUGGGGCACUCCUCAAGCUCAGGGAGAAGGAGUACCGUUCCCCUCAUCAAUGAACGAACAGAUUCCAUCUCAUUCUAAAAACAUGGAUGCAGAGAAAAAUAAAAGUCUUCCUCAAGGAGUGGAAAAUCAGGACUCAGAACAGUUCUUCAAAAAGGUUCUGGGAGUGUCAGAGGGCUCCUCUUUGGGCAGCAUGAAGCCUAUUUUAGAGGGCAACAAGGGAGAACUCACUAGUGCUACGUCAGAUCGAGCUCCCCUCUCAGGGUCUCUGCCCUCAACUGGAAUGGUGGAAACUUUUCCUGCCCUUUCUCAAUCACCGUUUUUUGACAUGCGUGACCGUGGUGGGCUGUUCAGUCCAGAUGGUGGGGAUGAAAGUCCAUGGGCUACUCCUUCUACACCAGCAACACCAUCCUCACCCCCCACUCCUACUGAAGCAGAGGGAGAUGGACUGUCCUACAAUCAGCGCAGUCUACAACGCUGGGAGAAAGAUGAGGAACUAGGGGAACUCUCCACCAUUUCCCCUGUGCUUUAUGCCAAUACCAACUUUCCUACUCUGAAACAAGACUAUCCAGACUGGACAAGUCGAUGUAAGCAGAUCAUGAAAAUUUGGAGGAAGGUGUCUGCUGCUGACAAAGUUCCAUACUUGCAAAAGGCCAAAGAUAAUCGAGCUGCUCAGAGAAUCAACAAGGCACAAAAACAAGCAGAGAUUCAAGUGUGCCGCCCUGCUAAUGUUGAGCCUGGUCAGGUGAAGGGGGAACGGCCCAGCUUACACCUGCAUAUCCCGCCGCCUUCAAGUUCCACCUCUGUUUCUUCUCAGCCCAGUUCAGCAGGAAGCCCUUUCCCUUAUCCCCCUGAUUCUGGUUCAUCCUCUGUCUUUUUCUCGGAUGGACCCGUCAAAACGCCAGGGGACAAGUCCAUUGCAUGCUUCUUCCUCAGGUUUUUCCUCUUCCGGCCCACUGGGUCCUCCUCAGGGACGGCCAGCCAGUCUCGGCCCCUUUGA